AUGGCCCUCAACGCGAGCCGCUUCGUUGCCGGUCCGGACUUUUACAACUAUGACAUGUACGGCGGUUUGCGUCCUGGCGGCCUCGUGCGGUUCUUCUCGACGGUCUUUGCCGACCUCGUGGCCGCUACGUUCACGUCGUCGUUCAUCUACAUUGGCGCGCGGUACGGGCUCCUGCCCAUGGUGAACCACCAACUGCAACUGACCGCGAGCCAAACGGAAGCCAUGGACCGUCUCGUGGAAGUGCCGGCCGCGCUCGCGUUCUUUGUCGGCCUCUACGCCGACGCAGUGCCCAUCUACGGCUACCGCCGCAAGUCGUACAUGGUGCUGGGCAUGUCGCUGAGCCUCGUGUGCCUCGCGGCGCUGGGCCUCGGCUGCCUCUUUGCCGACGCGCUCGCGCAGAGCGCCGUCGUCGGCAGCAGCUUUAGCUACGUCAUGAUGCUGCUCAUGGGCGGCGUCACCUUAGGCUCGAUGGUCAACUUUUGCUCCGUGCACACGGCCGUUGUGACGCUCUCGCAGCGCGAGAGCCUCGAAGAGCGCGGCGUGUUCCAAGCCGACUACCUCGUCGUGCGCGCCGCGGGCCAAAUGGCUGCGCGCGUGCUCGUGUACGUGAUCCAACACGUUGUGCAGGUGCACGAGAUUGCACUGCUCUUGCUCGUGCUCAUGCCCCUGUCGCUCGCGACCAUUGCCCUCGUGCUCCGCAGCGGCCACGAAGCGCCCGCCGCGCGCAAACAGAGUCUCCGCGGUAAGUGCGAAAGCUACUGGAAACUCACGAAACAAAAAGCCGUCUGGCGCAUCCUCAUUGUCGUCGCGAGCUUUGCGUUUUUCCUCCACUUUGACUUCCCGCGCGUGGCGCACGCGCUGCGCCGCUGGACGCACACGAGCGACCGCCCGUCGGCGCUCCUCAGCAGCACCGCCAGCGACGUCGUCUUGAUCCUCACGGUGCUCGUCUGGCGCUGGCAGCUGCGCAACCUGCUCUGGAAGCGCUUCUUUGCGCUCGCGCCCGUUCUGACGAUCGUCCCGCAACUCGCACUGGCCGCGCUGGUUGUCCCGGCGCUGUGCCGCCACGCAGCCGUCUACGUCGGCCUCAAUGGCCUCACGGGCGUUGCGUCGGGCGUCAUGGCGCUCCUGCUCCUGGCGCCCGUGACGGAGAUCAUUGAAGAGGGCUCGGAAGGCGGCGUCGUGGGCCUCGCGCUCUCGUUCAAUACGAUCUUCAAGAUCUUUGCCAGCACACUGCUCACGACCAUUGAGCGCGUGGCGCUGUUCCCUGUGCGCGCGGCCGACGACACCACGGCCGACCGCUGGUCCAUUGCGAGUCUAACGCUCGUCACGUGCUGCGUCAACAGCGUCGCACUGCUCUUUGUCUUUAUUCUGCCGCUCCAGAAACUCGACGCGCAGCUCGUGCGCAUGUACGGCGGCUUUACCGAAAACGCCGGCGCGCUCACGGCCACGGCGUUCCUCACGUCGCUCGCCUACUGCGUCGCCUACAACGUGUACAUCUUCAGCGAAGCGAUUGAGUGA